GAGAGCCGGGACCGGGGGGUUCGGGGAGACGGUGCGAGACCGCCCGGAGCCUCCGGCAGCGUCCAUGUGGGCCUGAGGGGGGAAGGCGCCUCCGGAGCGGCGGCUCUGAGGAGAAGCUCUCCUUCCCCGACAGAGAUGCGAUGCAGCUGAGGGAGUAGGAGCUGUGCUCAUCCGAAAGGCGGUUUUUGCCUCCUGAAGCGCUUACUUACGACGUGAUUAUGGCUGAAUUUGCGGUUCUGGGUGUAGGCAAUAUGAAUGACUGGCAAAAGAAAAGUCCUCUAGACUGGGAAACAUACGUGAACAAAAGGGUGAAAGUUGCAGCAGCUGAGAAAAAUGAAUAUGAAGGAUGGGUCUUAACAGUUGAUCCAGUUUCUGCCAAUGUUGUCCUGGCAAACUUCCCAGAGAAUGAAAGAGUGUCCAUUGUAGUUGUGCUGGGCCACGCUGUCCAGGAGGUCGACGUCCUGCAGGAAGCGGACGAUGACAUGAAGGCACGGCUUUCUUGCAUAUUUGCACCCGAGGAAAGCAAAGCUUACAGCCCGGAGGAGCUCGACAAGAGGAAGAACGACCUGAAGAGCUGGCUGGAAGCAAACCACAUCCCUGUGACAGAGCAAGGAGAAUCGGGAAGAACGCUGUGCGUGGCAGGGGUGCUGACCGUUGACCCGCCGUACGGCCCGGAAGAGUGCAGCAGCUCCAACGAGAUCAUCCUGUCCCGCGUUCAGGGCCUGAUACAGGGCUACCUGGAAAAGAGACAGUGAGGUCUGCUGCCUCCAGCACCGGCCUUCGGGAAUGGGUCUGCCUGCCCCGUUAGGGACUGUUCUGGGGGUCAGAACGCCUAUGUCCAGAAGUGCUGCAUGUCGGGGCUUGUGUCUGAAUUCUUGUACGUUAAGAGAGGAGUAAAGCAAGCAGCGUAAAGUACAAGCACAAAACAUUUCGCGUGCACUAUUUUUGGUUAAAAAAUCAAUGAUAAUAAUGCUGUAUUAAACUGAUGUACCACUAUAUUUUUUUGUAACAGUAUUAUGAAAGAUGAAAUACGAGAAAUUUAAACU